AUGCAACAACCGACGGCCAAGAAACCCGACACCACUCAGGCGGUGGUGGACAAGAAGGUGAAAGAUCUGAUGAGGGAUUGGAGGCGGCUGGUGGAGGUGCCUUACACCGCCUCUCUAGCUCACACAAUGAACGUUCUCGUAGCCAACUGCGUCGUGGCUGUUCCCGUGGCUGCGCCGCCUGGCCACUGGAUCGGCGCUGGCGGUUCCAUGAUCAUGGAGGCUGAUAAGAGCACUGGGGUGGUAAGAAAGCAUUAUAUUGGGAUGGUCACCAUGCUUGAUAUCUUGGCUCAUAUUGCUGGCAGGGAGGAUGCUCAUGAUACUACUGGUGAUCUGCUCGAUCUCGAUCGGAAGAUGGCGGUUCCCGUAUCGUCGAUAAUUGGACAUAGUGUUGAAGGGUUGAGUCUCUGGACUUUGAAUCCUAACACCAGCAUAUUAGAUUGUAUGGAGAUAUUCAGCAAGGGGAUCCACAGGGCAUUGGUUCCCUUCGAUGGGCAGGCCGAGGAGGCCGUGGGCGUGAAGCUUGUCGAGUCGGCAACGAGUUACAUGAUGGUGACCCAAAUGGAUGUGUUGAGAUUCCUUAGAGAAAAAGCACCAGAAAUUAAAGAGAUUUUGAGACGAAGUGUGAAGGAAAUGGAAGGGAUUAAUGAGAAUGUUAUGGCCAUUACAGAUAAAACCAAACUUAUAGAAGCAAUUAAGUGCAUGAAAUCUAGCUUCCUCAAUGCAGUCCCCAUUGUUGGCGGCGACCAUGUCCACACACAGCUUAUCAUUGGAAGAGGAAGGAAGCUAGUUGGGACGUUUUCGGCAACCGAUCUGAGGGGGUGUCAGCUCGCGACGUUGCAGACGUGGCUGCAUCGGUCGGUGCUAGACUUCACCGAUGCAGUUCGAAACAGCUCGUUGUUUGAGGGGAGUGUGGCGGUCGGGAGAGAACUGGUUACAUGUCGGCCGGAAAGUUGGUUGGAGGAAGUGAUGGAGAAGGUGGUGUCAAAACAUGUGCAUAGAAUUUGGGUAAUUGAUGAACAUGGUUUGCUUCUUGGUGUUGUCUCCCUAUCAGACAUGAUUAGAGUUGUAAGGCAUUCACUUCUCUCUCAACUCCAAACCUAAUAGCCCUUGUUCUUCAUGUGUGUGUGUUUUUUUUUUAUAUUUGUUUCUUUUAAGGUUGUAUGGUUUUGUGGGGGAAAUUGUUUUCCUUAGAACUAUAUUAUUAAUUUGGAGAAGUCACAACAAUUGAUUGAAAGCUAAGCUCCUUGACUGCGUAAGGAAGCUCCGUUGGUAUCGGAGUGGCGAACGUCUCCCCUUUGCUAGCGUGCUAUUUGGUAAUCGACAGAUCUACAAUAGGCGUGCAAUUCUGAUUGAAUUGGUGCCUUUUGUAGUGAAGUUAAUGGCAUGCCCGGGAUAGCUCUCUUUUAUGUCUAGACUG